AUGACCUGUCCAUUAAGGGCAUUCAAGAAUCUCAGCGCUCCCACUUAUGCUUGUAAAGCACUAAGAGAGGUCUUAUGGGGGCAUUCGCCCACUUUGUGGGGACCAUUAUUACAAAGGAGGAAUGUCCUCUCGAUGUCGCUUGGUGGUGGAAUGUCCGAUUAUUACAAAGACAGCGUCGCCAUUGGAGCUUUCGCGGCGAUGGAGAAGGGAAUCUUGGUCUCUUGCUCCGCCGGGAAUGCGGGUCCCAGUCCGUACAGUCUUUCCAAUUUGGCACCAUGGAUCACUACCGUAGGAGCUGGCACAAUAGAUCGUGACUUCCCGGCUUACGUCACCCUCGGUAACGGCCAAAACUACUCAGGCGUCUCGCUGUUCCGAGGCAAUGCCUUACCUGGAUCGCUGUUGCCUAUCAUCUAUGCCGGCAACGCUAGUAAUGCUACGAAUGGAAAUCUAUGCAUGAUGGACACUUUGAUACCCGAAAAAGUUGCCGGAAAAAUCGUUCUUUGCGAUCGAGGAGUGAGUGCUAGGGUUCAGAAAGGAGCGGUGGUGAAAGCUGCGGGCGGUGUAGGGAUGGUGUUGACGAACACCGCCGCCAACGGCGAAGAGUUGGUUGCAGACGCACAUCUUUUGCCGGCCACCACGGUGGGUCAGAAAUCUGGGGAGGCUAUAAGGAAAUACUUGUUUUCGGAUCCGAACCCGACCGCUACGGUUGUUUUCGAAGGGACAAAAGUUGGGAUAGAACCAUCGCCUGUGGUCGCGGCGUUCAGUUCGAGAGGUCCGAACUCAAUCACGCCGGAAAUACUGAAACCCGACAUUAUCGCGCCAGGUGUCAACAUCCUGGCAGGGUGGUCUGGAGAAGUUGGUCCCACCGGUUUGUCCAUCGAUGGUAGGCGCGUGACUUUCAACAUCAUCUCCGGCACGUCGAUGUCUUGCCCACAUGUGAGCGGGCUCGCGGCGCUUCUCAAGGCGGCUCAUCCGGAGUGGAGCCCGGCGGCUAUUCGAUCGGCUCUAAUGACCACGGCUUACACCUCGUACAAAAACGGCCAGAGUAUACGAGACGUAGCUACUGGGAAACCAUCCACACCGUUGGAUCACGGCUCUGGACACGUGGACCCCGUAUCGGCCUUAUAUCCAGGACUCGUUUAUGAUUUAACGGUAAAUGAUUACCUAGGUUUCCUAUGCGCUUUGAAAUACACCGGCGCACAGAUUAGCGGCCUGGCGAGGAGAAAAUUCACAUGCGACCCGAGUAAAAAAUACAGUGUGGGGGAUCUUAAUUACCCUUCAUUUGCAGUCAAUUUCCAGAGCAGUGGGCCCACCGUGGUGAAGUACAGUCGGACACUGACUAAUGUGGGUUCAGCGGGUACGUACAAGGUGUCUAUCAAAACAGAGACUCAAGCGGUGAAGAUCUCAGUUGAGCCUGAGACAUUGAGUUUCAGCCAAGUAAAUGAGAAGAAAGGGUGCACCGUAACGUUUACUGCAGUGGGUUCAUUGCCGUCAGAUUCAAACAGCUUUGGUCGUCUUGAAUGGUCAGAUGGCAAGCACAUUGUGGGAAGCCCAAUUGCUUUUAGCUGGAGUACUUGAUAGGAGAGAGAAAGAGAAGCAAUUAGGACAUGUUUAAAUUAUUUAAUAUCGAUCUCACCGGCUCAAAGAGCGGUGUUAUUGAUCUUCGUUUAAGUGUUAAGAAUAUUUCAAGCUCUUUGUUUAAUUGUUUUCGGCUAACCAUGGAAGCUGUAUUGCAAUGUUUGAUGUUGAUCUCUGAGAGAGAGGAAAAAAAAAAAAAAAAAAAAAAGGGGUGAAGGCGAGAUGUUUCCUUUGUUAGUGUACAGUAUUCUUUGGCAAAUGUACAUGCCUUUUGCAUUUGUUGAAGAUUAAUUUAAUAAACAAUUAUAUAAGUAUUUCUCUGUUUA